AUGUCACUCAAAAGCCCUAAGAAUGGAAAUAGCACGCAGUGUCAUUACUGGGGAUAUUCAUUCUACUGGACUGACCUCCACUCCUCUGCCGAUGAACUCCGUCCGCUGGCCUAUACGUGCGAUAUGCUUGCAGAUGACUGCGUAGAGAUUUUGAAUAAAAUUCCGACACAUGACGACUUGGACAAGAAGAUCUAUAAGAAGGAUCUAUAUGGUCUAUUGCGGGAUCAUGCGGAUGAAGAUCCGAAACUCCAAGAGUUGUGGACGCAAAUCAAUACCAUCCCGGAUUGGGUGGACUGGGCGCAAAUUCAACGAGGGCAGGAUGUCUUCUUUCGAUAUGGACUUCCGAUCCUGAAUGUACUCAGUUUUGAAAGCUUACUCGGUGGAAUGGGAGCCAUUCGAGUCGUUGAAACCCUCACACGCACAGGCGGGUUCGGAGCUAAGGUAGUACGGCGAAGAUUACUCGAGACUCUUCAGCAUAUCCUCCAAGUCAACAGCUCAGUCGAAGGAAUGAAACCAGGCGGGGAAGGCCAUGUCUCAUCUGUUCGAGUCCGAUUACUCCAUUCAUCGGUCCGGAUGAGAAUACUCAGUCUGGUUGACCAAAAGCCUGAAUACUAUGAUAUCGACCGAUAUGGAACCCCAGUCAACGACCUCGAUUGCAUCGGUACUAUCAACACAUUCUGCAGCGCGGUGGUCUGGCUCGGACUGCCCAGGCAGGGGAUUUACCUCAGCCAGCAAGAGAUCGAGGACUACAUUGCACUAUGGAGACUGGUGGCUUAUUAUAUGGGUACACCGACGCAUCCAUUUGAAGAUACAGCCAAAGCGCGGGCCAUGAUGGAAUCUUUACUAAUUACGGAAAUCGAUCCUACGGAGGUUGGAAAGGUUCUGGCGAAGAAUAUUAUCAUUGGUCUGGAGAACACGGCACCGGCUUAUGCAUCCAAGGAGUUUAUGGAAGCCAUGGCACGACUGCUCAAUGGGGAUCAGCUUUCUGAUGAGUUGGAGAUUCCGCGCUCAAACUUUUAUUAUAAGAUGUUGAUGUGGGGUUAUUGUUUCUGGGUCAUGGGUGUUUCGUACAUCAUUCCUAGAAUUGCUUGCUUGGAUAAGAUGAUGAUUUCGCUCCGUCGAAAGUAUUUCUACAAGCUCAUUCUCGACGAGAAGAUGGGUCUUGGGGAAGAGUCCCGCUUCGAGUUCAAAUAUGUUCCCACUCUGACUCGCAUAACUCGACUUGGAGAGCGGAGGAGUACUAAAUUCGAGCGACCCGGUAUUGAGAGCUUAGCACGUCUGGGGCUUCUCGCCGCUUUCACUGCAGUGAUGACUCUAGCCUUGGGCUUUGUUUUUGCGACGAGAAUGAUUCCUGCGCAUCAGUUGUUCUUGGUUGUUUGA